AUGACCUGUGUUUCACCCGAGAUGAGAAAGAAAAGGAAUCGAGAUGCUCAGGCCAAGCACCGAAAGAAGAAGCAAGAAGAAACUAGACGCCUCCAGUCAGAAGUGGACCAUCUCCGGAGAAAACUGCAGGAAGUCCGUGAAGCCACGGCAAGCAACGACAUGCAGCGAUUGAAAUAUAUUGUGCUAGAUGAGAUGCGGCCUUCGACGCCUCAGCCCGAUGCGCCAAGCAUGGUCGAGUUAGGCACGCCAAUCACUGACACAGGGUACACCGAGUCGUCCGAUCCUUUCCCGAUAUCAUCUAUCGUUCCCUCCUCGAACUCGAACCCACUCAACUAUACGCUUCUCCUGCCGGAACAUAACGCUUACUCCGAUAUCAUAUCUCAAACACCAUUUACGGAAGGCUACAGCCA